UUUAUUUUACUGUGGCUCUCUGGUCCUUUACCAAAAAAAAAAAAAAAAAAAAAAAGUUUCCCACUGUUGGCACAGAGAACGUUGGUGGAGUCGCAAGCCCCCAACGUCUUAAAGCCUCUUUCCAUUUUCGAGGAGGAGGGAAGGGGUUCUCUCCGACUGCGGGAGCAGGAUCUGGGGUCCGGGAAAUUCCUGGUGCGGAGAGGACAGGGGAGGACCUGAGCGUGGGACCCGCUGUUCUCGGGAACCAGACCCAGCGGGUGGCCCCCGGGGGAGAGAAGAGGCGCCCUGGGCGCCGGGCUCCACUUUGUCUUCCACUUUGUAGCGCAGCUGGAUCUGGGCUGGGAAGACCGUGAGGGUGCUGGGGUUACCAGGGGUGCGAGGUUACGGAGCAGCGGGCGAGUGAGCUCCGAAGGGAGCUGGGCUCCGCAGUCUGGGAUCCCCAGGGGACAGGCGGGCGGGGAGCGGGAGAGGGGCGGAGCUCCGAGGCCGGAGCCGCGGCGGCCGCCCAGAGGGUCUGCGGGGGCUGCGGUGGCCGCCCUGACAGCUGGCGCCUCUCCGAGACCUUGACCGAGACCGUGGUUGCUGGGCCCACCUGGCGUCCUGAGCUCAAGUUCCUGCCCAUCUUCGUGUAGAUCCACAGCCAACGGGCCGGCGCUGCCCCUGGUGAGAGAGCUGGGGCCAGGGCUGCAGGUAGGACCAAGAAAGCCUCACAGACACCCUUUACGUGAUGUGGCUUCUAAAGACUCAAGGACCACCCACCUAGUAGUCUGCAAAGGCAAAGGCAGAAAUGGAUAUUCAAACACCACAGCCUCCGUUCUGUUAUUAAUUACUCUGUAGACAUGUGCCCACACUGUAGGGAGUGAACUGCACCAAGGGGGAAAGUUCCAGGGGCCCCCAAACCACCAGCACUCUUGUUUUCCCCCUGGAGAGAAAGCAGAACUAUGGCGUUUUAUAGCUGCUGUUUCAUCCUCUUGGCAAGUACCUGGUGCACUUCUGCCUAUGGGCCUGACCAACGAGCCCAGAAGAAAGGGGACAUUAUCCUCGGGGGGCUCUUUCCUAUUCAUUUUGGAGUAGCAGCCAAAGAUCAAGAUCUAAAAUCAAGGCCGGAGUCUGUGGAAUGUAUCAGGUACAAUUUCCGCGGGUUUCGUUGGUUACAAGCAAUGAUAUUUGCCAUUGAGGAAAUCAACAGCAGCCCAGCCCUUCUUCCCAACAUGACACUGGGAUAUAGAAUAUUUGACACCUGCAACACCGUUUCUAAAGCCUUGGAGGCUACCCUGAGUUUUGUGGCACAGAAUAAAAUUGAUUCUCUGAACCUUGACGAGUUCUGCAACUGCUCAGAGCAUAUCCCCUCUACUAUUGCUGUAGUGGGAGCAACUGGCUCGGGCAUCUCCACGGCAGUGGCAAACCUGCUGGGCCUCUUCUACAUCCCCCAGGUCAGCUAUGCCUCCUCCAGCAGACUCCUCAGCAACAAGAAUCAGUUCAAGUCCUUCCUCCGUACCAUCCCCAAUGAUGAACACCAGGCCACCGCCAUGGCAGACAUUAUUGAGUAUUUCCGCUGGAACUGGGUGGGCACAAUUGCAGCUGAUGAUGACUAUGGCCGGCCAGGGAUUGAGAAGUUUCGAGAGGAAGCGGAGGAGAGGGACAUCUGCAUCGACUUCAGUGAACUCAUCUCCCAGUAUUCUGAUGAGGAAGAGAUCCAGCAAGUGGUAGAGGUGAUCCAGAAUUCCACAGCCAAAGUCAUUGUUGUUUUCUCCAGUGGCCCAGACCUUGAACCCCUCAUCAAGGAGAUUGUACGGCGUAAUAUCACAGGGAGGAUCUGGCUGGCCAGUGAGGCCUGGGCCAGCUCUUCCUUGAUAGCCAUGCCUGAGUACUUCCAUGUGGUUGGAGGCACCAUUGGAUUCGCUCUGAAGGCUGGGAAGAUCCCAGGUUUCCGGGAAUUCCUGCAGAAAGUCCAUCCCAGAAAGUCUGUCCACAAUGGUUUUGCCAAGGAGUUUUGGGAAGAAACAUUUAACUGCCACCUCCAGGAAGGUGCCAAAGGGACUUUGUCCAUGGACACUUUUAUGAGAGGUCAUGAAGAAGGUGGUGGCAGGAUAAGUAACAGUUCCACUGCCUUCCGACCUCUUUGCACAGGGGAUGAGAACAUCAGCAGUGUGGAGACCCCUUACAUGGAUUACACACACUUACGGAUAUCCUACAAUGUCUACUUAGCUGUCUAUUCCAUUGCUCAUGCCCUACAAGAUAUAUACACAUGCUUACCUGGAAGAGGGCUCUUCACCAACGGUUCCUGUGCCGAUAUCAAGAAGGUUGAGGCUUGGCAGGUCCUGAAGCACCUCCGGCACCUAAACUUUACCAACAAUAUGGGGGAGCAGGUGACUUUCGAUGAAUGUGGUGACCUGAUGGGGAACUAUUCCAUCAUCAACUGGCACCUCUCCCCAGAGGAUGGUUCCAUAGUGUUUAAGGAAGUCGGCUAUUACAACGUCUAUGCCAAGAAAGGAGAAAGGCUCUUCAUCAAUGAGGAGAAAAUCUUGUGGAGUGGGUUCUCCAGGGAGGUGCCAUUUUCCAACUGCAGUCGAGACUGCCUGGCAGGGACCAGGAAAGGAAUCAUUGAGGGGGAGCCCACUUGCUGCUUUGAGUGUGUGGAGUGUCCUGAUGGGGAAUACAGUGAUGAAACAGAUGCAAGUGCCUGUGACAAGUGCCCCGAUGACUUCUGGUCCAAUGAAAAUCACACUUCCUGCAUUGCCAAAGAGAUUGAGUUUCUGUCCUGGACAGAGCCCUUUGGGAUUGCACUCACUCUCUUUGCCGUGCUGGGGAUUUUCCUGACAGCCUUCGUGCUGGGUGUCUUCAUCAAGUUUCGUAACACACCCAUCGUCAAGGCCACCAACCGAGAGCUCUCCUACCUCCUCCUCUUCUCCUUGCUCUGCUGCUUCUCUAGCUCCCUGUUCUUCAUUGGUGAGCCCCAGGACUGGACAUGCCGCCUGCGCCAGCCAGCCUUUGGCAUCAGCUUCGUGCUCUGCAUAUCAUGCAUCCUGGUGAAAACCAACCGUGUCCUGCUGGUGUUUGAAGCCAAAAUCCCCACGAGCUUCCACCGCAAGUGGUGGGGGCUCAACCUGCAGUUCCUGCUGGUCUUCCUCUGCACUUUCAUGCAGAUCGUCAUCUGUGUCAUCUGGCUCUAUACCGCCCCACCCUCAAGCUACCGCAACCAUGAGCUGGAGGAUGAGAUCAUUUUUAUCACAUGCCAUGAGGGCUCACUUAUGGCACUGGGCUUCUUGAUUGGCUACACCUGCCUGCUGGCUGCCAUCUGCUUCUUCUUUGCCUUCAAGUCCCGGAAGCUGCCAGAGAACUUCAAUGAAGCCAAGUUCAUCACCUUCAGCAUGCUCAUCUUCUUCAUCGUCUGGAUCUCCUUCAUUCCAGCCUACGCCAGCACCUACGGCAAGUUUGUCUCUGCCGUGGAAGUGAUCGCUAUCCUGGCAGCCAGCUUUGGCUUGCUGGCCUGCAUCUUCUUCAACAAGGUCUACAUCAUCCUCUUCAAGCCAUCCCGUAACACCAUUGAGGAGGUGCGCUGCAGCACUGCUGCUCAUGCUUUCAAGGUGGCAGCCCGGGCCACACUGCGCCGCAGCAAUGUCUCCCGCAAGCGGUCCAGCAGCCUCGGGGGCUCCACGGGCUCCACGCCUUCCUCCUCCAUCAGCAGCAAGAGCAACAGUGAAGACCCCUUCCCACAGCCCGAGAGGCAGAAGCAGCAGCAGCAGCCACUGGCCCUGACCCAGCAAGAGCAGCAGCCACAGCAACCCUUGACUCUCCAGCAGCAGCCGCAGCCACAGCCACAGCCUCAGCCCAGGUGCAAGCAGAAGGUCAUCUUUGGCAGUGGCACCGUCACCUUCUCACUGAGCUUUGACGAGCCUCAGAAGAGUGCCAUGGCUCACAGGAAUUCCACACACCAGAACUCCCUGGAGGCCCAGAGAAGCAAUGAGACCCUGAGCAGACACCAGGCAUUGCUCCCGCUGCAGUGUGGAGAGACAGACUCAGAACUGACUGUGCAGGAGACAGGCCUGCAAGGGCCUGUGGGGGGGGACCACCGACCAGAGACAGAAGACCCCGAGGAGAUGUCCCCGGCACUUGUAGUGUCCAGUUCACAAAGCUUUGUCAUCAGCAGUGGAGGCAGCAGUGUCACAGAAAACAUACUGCAUUCGUAAAAUGGAAGAAGAUGGCCAGUCAGGGAGGAUCCAGAGGGGUUUCCUGGGAACACAUUCUCUGACAGGAAUGAGGAAUCACCCCAGACUCCUUUCUUUUGUGGAAGGAGGAAUAAAACACACCAAACACCUCAUACUUUGUUGAACUGUUUGAAAUAACAGUGAAUUGACUCAUGUUCCCUUUAAAAUU